AUGAAAGACCCAACGCAACCGAGUAAAGAGCCUUCGAAGCCACCCGCAGGUCUGAAAUGGAGGAGCCACCCAACCUUCAUCUUGACUACGGUCGCGAUGGGUCUUUUCGGCGACCUGUUCCUAUACAACCUGAUAAUCCCAGUCCUACCGUUCAUGCUCGAAGAUGGUCUGGACAUCCCACCGUCACAGCGUCAGAGUUGUACAUCAUUGAUGUUGGCCGUGUACGCAGGGUCUAACGUCGUCUGCUGCCCUUUGACAGGGUACCUGGCAGAGAAACUGCCCACUCGACGGGCGUCCUUCUUGCUUGCACAGUGCUGUCUGUUUGUUGCUACGAUAAUGCUCUUCCUUGGGAGAUCUAUCGCAGUCUUGAUGGUAGCGAGGGCACUUCAAGGCAUGAGUACCGCAUUCGUCUGGACGAAUGGACUCUCUAUGUGCAUCGAGACCGUCGGAGUCCUCUCUAUGGGCAAAACAAUGGGAGUAAUAUUUUCUGUCAUUGCUGUUGCAUCGCCGUCCGCUCCAGUAAUAGGAGGCAUGCUCUACCGAGGCGCGGGUCUUGAAGCUGUGAUGGCUGUUGCUGUUGCUGUUAUCGGGAUCGAUUUUGUCCUCAGGUUGCUGGUCAUCGAGACGAAAGUCGCGGCAAAGGACUUUGACAAGACUGGCAGCUUUCGCCGCUGGACUGAAGCUGGAGUCGAUCCGGAGCAGCAGCCUCUUCUCGACAGAAGGAAACCGGAUAACGCACAGACUAAUUCGUCCGACAAAAAUCCACAGAGUGCAUGGGUGCGUGCACUGGUAUUGUGUCUCACAGACAAGAUUAUGCUUACAGCACUACUUGGAUCCCUGAUGCAAGCAACCUUGAUGGGCACCUUCGACUCUACUAUCGCUGUGGUGGCACAUGAGCUGUUCGACUUCGAUGCCUUCCAGGCCGGCAUUAUGUUUCUUCCCAUGGGUAUCACUAACAUCAUCAGCGGCCCAAUCGUCGGAUGGCUCAUUGAUCGGCAUGGAACAAGACUUGCGGCUGUCCUUUCGUUUGGUCUCUUGGUCCCGGUGCUUUUGCUCCUUCGAUUUGUACACACGGGUGGCCUGUCGCAGAUACUCUUCUAUGCCGGCUUACUUACCUUAGCUGGCUUUGGACUUGCAGGAUCUGGCACGCCGUCUAUUGUCGAAGUCGGUGCAGUCGUCGAUCGAUACCAAAAAGCCAAUCCCGAGCUCUUCGGGGAGAGGGGACCGUACGCCAUGGUCUAUGGCAUGAAUGGGAUGGUCUUCAACGCCGGUCUGGGGAUCGGUCCCGAGCUGGCAGCUGGACUCAAAGAGUGGAUUGGCUUUGGGAACAUGAACUUGGUGCUGGCUAUAGCAUCAGGCUCGACAGCUUGUCUGUGCUACUGCCACCUCGGCGGCAAGCCUGAGGCAUGGACAGAGACAGCACGGAAUUAA